UUUCUUUUUUUUUUUUUUUUUUUUGGUUCUUUUUUUUCGGAGCUGGGGACUGAACCCAGGGCCUUGGGCUUCCUAGGCAAGCGCUCUACCACUGAGCUAAAUCCCCAACCCCUACAGUGCAUUUUCUUAAUAACAGUUGAUGUGUGAGGGCCCAGCCCACUGUGGAUGGUGCCAGUCCUGGGCAGGUGCUCCUGAGUUUUAUAAGUUCGAAAGCAGGCUGAGCAGGCUGUGGAAACCAAGCCAAUAAGUAACAUUCCUCCGUGAUAUUCUGCUUCAGUUCCUGCCUACAGGUUCCUGCCUUGAGUGCCUAUCUUUGCUUCCCUUCAUGAUGGACUCUAAACUUUAAGCUAACUAAACCAGUUCCUCCCUAAGUUGGUUUUGGAUGUGGCAUUGUAUCGUAGCAGUAGAAACCUGCUGCGCCAUCCAACUUGUGUGGGUGGUGGUUCUUCUGUAGUGAGAGGGAAUAUUCUUUAUAUGCCACUUCGAGUGUGUGUAAAUCAGCGACCUUAGAGUGUGACAAGGCAGCACUGUGGCAGCCAUCUCUUUUCAGAAUAGUUUACCUAAUUCUUCUUUGUCCUGCAGUGAGUGUGUGUCCUUAUCUGAGUGCCUCUGACUGCAUCUCAGAGUUAGCUCCUGUUCCCCUGGAUCUUAGAAUGUUUCUCUACAUAUAAGACUUGGGUAUUGAGCUCAUGUUUAAACACACGAUUUGUUGUUCCAUAUGCAUCAUACCUGUAGACUGAAGGAGGUUCUGUAAAUAUUUUUAAUGUUCCACUAUUUCGACAGGUCUGUCACAUGGGUCAGGUGUGGAGUCUUUUACUUGUGUUUCAUACUGAUGUUCAGUUUUAGAUUUUUAAGAACUUUGGACUUCAGAUUUUGGAUAGGAUGCUCGACUUGUACCUGCUACAGUUGCAGCUCUUAACAGUUUUGUGUGGCUCCGUUUCUGCCUUUCAGGAGAGGAGAGCGGGAAUACUCUGUUUUAUUUUCUGUUUGGCCGCUCCCUAAUCUGGCAAUUGGUAUGUAGUUGGUACUCUGUAAACACUUGCUGAAGGAAGGAAGACGUGAACUACAGGGCAUUGUCAACGCGUUGUGGGUGUAUGUGGGUGCCUGUAGGAGCAGGGUUUGACUUUCAGGAAGUGCGGCAACCAUCAGGUUUCCACUGUAGAAGGAUAUGUGCUGUAUUUGAUCUUAGAUAAAAGGCUGGGAAACUAUAGAAGAGUAAUUCUGGAGCCAGUGGAGGGUAGGUGUGUGGAGAAGGAGAAAAAGAAACCAAGUGCCAAGUGAGAAGGCUUAGAGGACAAAGGCACUUGCCACCACACCUGAAGACCUGAGUGUGAUCCCUAACACCCUCACGGUGAAGGAGAGAACCAGCUUCCGCAGUUGUAGUGUGGCACUCACACAACCUCUUCCCCACCUACCAUACAGAAAUAAACAAAAUGUAAUAAUCAAGAAAAUACCUUGGAAAAAAUGAAAGUAACAAGAUCAGUUAAGAGACCAGUUAAUUCAGACUGUCCAGAAGAAGUUUCAAUUACUAGUAAAGGUAAUCUGAUAGGGUACAAGAUGAGUGCUUGUAAGUGUGAGUGCAUGUGUGUGAGUGCACGUGAGAGUUUUUGUGUGUGAGUGCAUGUGAGUGAGUGCAUGUGAGUGAGUGCAUGUGAGUGAGUGCGUGUGAGUGAGAGAGCUUGUGUGUGAGUGCAUGUGAGUGUGAGUGCAUGUGAGUGAGUGCGUGUGAGUGAGUGUGUGUGAGUGAGAGAGCUUGUGUGUGAGUGCAUGUGAGUGUGAGUGCAUGUGAGUGAGUACAUGUGAGUGAGUGCAUGUGUGAGUAUUUGUGUAGUGCUUGUAUGGAUGUGAGUGCAUGUGUGUGUGCAAGAGGAGGAACAGUGACAGGAGUUGAGGGUAACAGGCUUACUGCUUCAGCAGCUGGAUUUGUCUUCCCUUCAGGAUGGAGCAUAAGCGAAGCAGUUAGUGUAAAGGGCUGUGAGGACGAUGUGUUUUCUUUGGGCUGUUUGAGAUGUUCGCUGCUCCAGAAAUAUCUUACUCUUAAAUCUGAAGGUCUAAAUGCAGGGUAAACAAGUCUUUCCUUUCAGAUUCAGUGGCUUUUAGUGCUGUGUGUUGGACGUGAGUGUUGCUCCCUGGGCAUCUCCACUGCACUGAAUACCUCACCUUGCACUUCCUAGUGUACACAGGUUCUUGAGAUGACUGACCCAAGUUUCCCAGAUCGGCUGGAUAGAGUGCUUUCUUCUUGGUAUUGAAGUACUGCUCGACACACACACACACACACACACACACACACACACACACACACACUGUCAUAUAUCAUAUAUCAUAUGAAAUAUAUCAUAUAUGUGUGUAUAUCAUAUGUAUUUCAUAUGUAUUCAUCAUAUGUAUAUGAGAUAUUAUAUAUUUCAGGCCGGCCUUGAGCUUGCAUCCUCCUACCGCAGAUUCUGAUUGGAGGAAUACUAGUAUAAAGCCACACAGCAUGGUGGUUAUAAGCUGGCCUCAGUGCCAUGGUAGCUUCUGAUUCUGGCUUUGCCACUCACUUUUCUGAGGCCUUGGAUAAAUAAUGUAACAUCUUUGUGCCUUAUCUUCCUCGCCUUUGGAAUAGGUUUAAUGACUGACACGUUUCUUAAGAUGGCUGUGUGGUUGUCAGGUGCUGGAGUAUCAGCAUUCAUGAUAAGCACUCAGUAAACAUUUGCUCUUACGUUUGUUGUUGUAACCAGGAGCCAUUGUGGAGAUAGGACAGAGUUGAGACUCCACUCACAGUGUGCUUCCGCUCUUCCUGCUGAGGGAGCUGGAAUGAGACUGUAACAUCUACCUAACUGAUAAAACACAGAGAACAUAGUUAGAGAACAUUUCUGUUAGAAAUGAAAGCUUGCCUGCCUUGGCUAGUGUUCUAAUAUAUUCAGACCAACUCAGACCCAGACUAGUGCAGUUCACCAGGGUUCUGAUAGGAGCCGGUAGCCGGCACCUCCCAGACAGCCUCAGAGGAAACACCCCUCCCACACUGUGCCUUUUACUUCCUUCAGGCCAGUGCCUGCCUGGUGUUUAUCUCUGGGCACUGAGGAGGGCAGGAGUCUGUUUUCCUUUGGUGUCCUCGGUGCUGAGGACAUUGCAAGGCCCCAGUGGCCUUCAGAAAGUCCUGUUUACUGAAUGAGCUCAACAGCAUUGGGAUAUACUAAUUAUGUGCAGGGUCUGGCCCUGCUUGAAUGAGCUCAUCCUGUAGGAUGUAAACAGAAGUGCCACUUGAAAGAUUCAAAGUACCAGCUGCUGGGGGGUGGGGGGAGCGUGCUGGCCACCACUGUCUUCCAGCCUUCUGUGUUGAUUGAUGUGGGAGGUCAGAGAUAGUUCUAGAAGGGCGAGGAAAAAGGUGGAGGGGAUAGAGCAGGACUGACAAGUGGAAAGUUUGCAAGUCAGAGAGGACCAGGGUCAGAAUUGAAAUUUAUGACAAGGAAAAGUGACUGGAGCAGGAGACUAGAGGAAGGAGGAGGAGCUGAGAACUUAGGCAGAGAUUAGAGUCUGAGGGCUAACCCUGACCAGUGCCUGAGCUUGAAUUGGAUUCUGAGGAAAACAUGAAACUGGGAAGAUCUUUAAAUAUGAUAUUAACCGUGUUCUUGAGCAACAAUGAACAGAUUUUAACAGAAGUUCCUAUAACACCUGAAACCACCUGUCGAGAUGUCGUAGAAUUCUGCAAGGAACCUGGAGAGGGCGGCUGCCACCUGGCCGAAGUGUGGAGAGGAAGUGAGCGUCCCAUCCCCUGUGACCACAUGAUGUAUGAGCACCUACAGAAGUGGGGGCCUCGCAGGGAAGAGGUAAAAUUUUUUCUUCGCCAUGAGGAUUCUCCAACUGAGAGCAGUGAACAAGGUGCCCGUCAGAGCCAAGAGCAGAGAACGCAGAGAAACGUUAUGAAUGUUCCUGGAGAGAAGCACACUGAAAAUGGGGUUGGGAACCCACGUGUUGAACUUACCCUCUCAGAACUUCAAGACAUGGCGGCCAGGCAGCAGCAGCAGAUUGAGAGUCAGCAGCAAAUGCUGGUUGCCAAGGAACAGCGUUUACAUUUCCUAAAGCAACAGGAGCGCCGCCAGCAGCAGUCCAUUUCUGAGAAUGAGAAGCUUCAGAAACUGAAGGAACGAGUGGAAGCCCAGGAGAACAAGCUGAAGAAGAUCCGGGCCAUGAGAGGACAAGUGGACUACAGCAAAAUCAUGAAUGGCAAUCUGUCUGCUGAGAUUGAAAGGUUCAGCGCCAUGUUCCAGGAAAAGAAGCAGGAAGUUCAGACUGCCAUCUUACGAGUCGAUCAGCUCAGUCAGCAACUAGAAGAUUUAAAGAAAGGAAAGCUGAAUGGGUUCCAGUCAUACAACGGCAGGUUGACAGGGCCAGCAGCAGUGGAGUUAAAACGACUCUACCAAGAGCUGCAGAUUCGUAACCAGCUUAAUCAGGAGCAGAAUUCCAAGCUCCAGCAGCAGAAGGAGCUCCUGAACAAGCGCAACAUGGAGGUGGCCAUGAUGGAUAAGCGGAUCAGCGAGCUUCGUGAGCGCCUUUACGGCAAGAAAAUCCAGCUGAACCGUGUGAAUGGGACAUCAUCACCACAGUCACCCCUGAGCACAUCCGGCCGGGUCGCUGCUGUGGGUCCUUAUAUCCAGGUUCCCAGUACUGGCGGGUUUCCUCUCCCAGGGGAUCCUGUAAAGCCCCAGUCUCUCACCAUUGCCUCGAGUGCUGCCCACGGAAGAUCCAAAUCUGAUGGCUACAGUAGAUGCAGAGGGACCAGCACAUGGACAGUGUCAGACCUGGACAUCGGGCCUCAUUGCGGCUCCUCAGGGCACUCUGCAAGCCCACUUGUAAACUCUAAUGAUGGAAACUGGCCAACGUUAAAGCAGAAUUCUGCUUCAGUGAAGUCAACUCAGAUGGCUGGUGGGGACUGGAAGGACUCAGGCAUGGAGGGGACCCUAAAGCAAGGUGCCAUCUCAAGCCAGCCUUUGCCUCUGUCCGCACUGGGAGCUACAGACAAGCUGGGCAUCGAGAUUGGCAAAGGGCCACCUCCCAUACCUGGUGUAGGCAAGCCACUUCCCCCAAGUUAUGGGACAUAUCCAAGCCCUGGGCCCCUGGGCCCAGGGUCAACAAGCUCCCUGGAGAGGAGGAAAGAAGGAAGCUUGCCCAGACCUGCUGCAGGCCCACCGAGUCGGCAGAAGCCCGCCCCACUGCCCCCAGCUGGCAGCGCUCCCCAACCCAGCUCCUCACAGCAGAUUCAGCAGAGGAUCUCAGUGCCACCAAGUCCCACAUACCCACCAGCGGGGCCCCCUGCCUUCCCAGCUGGAGACGGAAAACCUGAGCUGCCACUCACAGUGGCCAUUAGGCCUUUCCUGGCUGAUAAAGGGUCAAGGCCACAGUCUCCUAGGAAGGGACCUCAGACAGUAAACUCAAGCUCUAUAUACUCCAUGUACCUCCAGCAAGCCACGCCACCUAAGAAUUACCAGCCACCAGCUCAUGGCACCCUAAACAAGUCAGUUAAAGCAGUGUAUGGUAAACCUGUCCUACCGUCAGGGUCAGCGUCUCCAUCGCCCUUACCGUUUCUUCAUGGGUCGCUGGGCACAGGCACGACACAGCCGCAGCCACCUUCAGAAUGUGCUGAGAAGGAGGCAGAGCCGGAAGGCCCCAGCGUGCCUGGAGAAGGCAGCACGGUGGAAAGCCUGCCACGGCCGCUCAGUCCCACCAAACUCACACCCAUUGUACACUCCCCACUCCGCUACCAGAGCGAUGCGGACCUGGAAGCUCUCCGCAGGAAGCUGGCCAAUGCACCCCGACCCCUGAAGAAGCGCAGCUCUAUCACGGAGCCAGAGGGCCCUGGAGGGCCCAACAUUCAAAAGUUGCUUUAUCAACGCUUCAACACCCUGGCUGGCGGCAUGGAGGGUACCCCUUUCUACCAGCCCAGCCCGUCACAGGACUUUGUGGGCACCUUAGCUGAUGUGGACAAUGGAAACACCAAUGCCAAUGGCAACUUGGAUGAGUCUUUCCCUCCCCGGCCCACGGCCCCACUUCCUGAUGAGCUUGCCCCAUCCUCAGAUGCCAAUGACAAUGAGUUACCUUCCCCUGAGCCAGAGGAGCUCAUUUGUCCCCAGACAACUCAUCAAACUGCUGAGCCCACUGAGGACAAUAACAACAACGUGGCCACGGUACCCUCCACAGAGCAGAUCCCAAGUCCUGUGGCUGAGGCUCCUUCCGAGGAGGAUCAGGUCCCUCCUGCACCUCUUUCCCCUGUCGUCCAUCCUCCAACAGCGUCCGCGAGCAAGCGGACCAACCUGAAGAAGCCUAACUCUGAGCGGACAGGGCAUGGGCUGAGAGUGCGCUUCAACCCCCUGGCACUGCUUCUAGAUGCUUCUCUGGAAGGAGAGUUUGAUCUAGUGCAGAGGAUCAUCUAUGAGGUGGAAGACCCUAGCAAACCCAAUGACGAAGGGAUCACCCCCCUACACAAUGCUGUCUGUGCUGGCCACCACCAUAUCGUGAAGUUUCUGCUGGACUUUGGUGUCAAUGUGAAUGCUGCAGACAGUGAUGGAUGGACACCACUGCACUGUGCCGCCUCUUGCAACAGUGUCCACCUCUGCAAGCAGCUGGUGGAGAGUGGAGCCGCUAUCUUUGCCUCCACCAUCAGUGACAUCGAAACCGCUGCAGACAAGUGUGAGGAGAUGGAGGAGGGCUAUAUCCAGUGUUCUCAGUUCCUGUACGGGGUACAAGAGAAGCUGGGGGUCAUGAACAAAGGCAUUGUGUAUGCUCUGUGGGACUACGAAGCCCAGAACAAUGAUGAGCUGUCCUUCCAUGAAGGGGAUGCCAUCACCAUCCUGAGGCGCAAAGACGAAAACGAGACCGAGUGGUGGUGGGCUCGUCUUGGGGACCGGGAGGGCUAUGUGCCCAAAAACUUGCUUGGGUUGUACCCACGGAUCAAGCCCCGGCAGCGGACACUUGCCUGAGCCCCUGCAGUUCAGUCGUUUGCUCCCAGGAGAAGCCUCCCGCUGCCCUGGAAAACUGAAGCCAGGACGGUGCCAUGGUGCUCACUUUAGCAGACAGGACCCACAAUGUGAACCCCAACUCCCCAGGUGAGGGCCUCCUCGUCUGCAGUGGCUGGGAGAGCUAGUACGUUUGCCUUCAGAGGACUGCAUUUCUGCCAAUUACUGUAAAUCUGAAUAAAUACCCAGCUUCCAAAACAUCCAUCCCUUUCGCCAGUAAGAAGUCAUGACCAUGAGCCCUGACUUGCCAAUGAAGACAAAAGCUGACUUGGCCCCAAGGCCCCUUCGUGUUAAAUGUCUGACCUUCAGCAAGAGCAAGCUGCUGCAGGCGACCUGGGCUACCCCUCCCUGGAAAGUCUCAAACCGUUGUCCUUUCUCACAUCGCCUCUCACAAAAUCCUUUCCUUUCACUACCAAAGGAGCCCUUUUGGAGACUGCUCUGUUUAGUUACCUGAUGACGUUCUGCUGUGGCUGGACUCGCACGCCUCAGCACAUGGGGCUCUCGGACUCCUACGGCUUCUAGCUGCACAGCGUCCGUCAUUUAUUCUCCCCUUUUUGGCAUAAGCUCAUUCUAUUCUGAGUAGCUAAGACACGGGAGUCUGAGCGAUAAGGAGUCUUAAGUUAUGUUUGUGGUGGGCUGGGCAAAGCCCGGUUCAGGAUCGACACCUGUCAACCUGAAACGCCAUCCCAAGUGAGGCGGGUUCUGUGUCCUGGAGCCUGAGCGCUGUAGACAGGCUUUUUAUACACCAGGGUUACUUUUCAACUAGGCCUGGAAACUACCAGGACUGUGUUGGCAAUGUUUCUUCUCAUCGAAACACAAGCCUUAGGCUUUAUUUUUCAUGAGUCUUGUGCAUAACUACGUGUAAAUCCGUGUGGGCUCUGGGAGCACUGCUGUCUGUGGUCAGCUGCCAAGCGGUGAUCACUCAGGGUGGCACCAAAAGUGAUGCCCUGUGAGCGACCUCUGCCAUCCCGAUGCCACCGAUGCUGUGUGACGUGCACAAUAAACCGCUCUCUCACACA